AUGCGGAGACCAUUAUUUCUUCGCAUAGUUGAAGGUGUGAAUAAUCACGAUCGAUACUUUGAAAGUGGUAUCGAUUGUACCGGUAGAUCAAAAUUAUCAUAUCUUCAGAAGUGUACUGCUGCGAUACGAAUGUUAGCAUAUGGUGUAGCUGCAGAUGCUGUUGAUGAAUAUUUACGAAUUGGCACAUUAAAUGAUAUCAAUGUGUUAGAUCGAUCUCCCAUCUUCCACGAGGUCUUAGAAGGGAAAGCACYAGAGGUAAAUUUCUCUGUUAAUGGUAACAACUAUAGUUUAGGAUACUACCUUGCAGAUGGAAUCUACCCUAACUGGGCUACGUUUGUGAAAUCCAUCCCGUUGCCCCAAAGUAAAAAACAUCAACUAUUUGAAAAAAAAAAACAAGAAUCAGCUAGGAAAGAUGUAGAAAGAGCGUUUGGCAUAUUACAAUCACGAUUUGCCAUAGUUAGAGGUCCAUCACGGAUGUGGUUCAAGGAAAUAAUCAGAGAAAUAUUACGAGCUUGYGUAAUAAUGCACAACAUGAUUGUCGAAGAUGAACGUGACUCAUACAUUCGUCAAUUUGAUUUCACAGAUGAUGCUAAUUUCAGUAUAUCUAUGCCUGRAGUUUYUCGAAAUCAUYUUCCURAGUAUGAAAAUUAUCUUCGAAGUCAUGCAAGAAUACGUAACAGGACUCACAACAAUCAAUUACAAGCGGAUUUGGUUGAAGAGAUUUGGAGCCGAUUUCAAGGAGAAGAAAACAAUGAUUAA